CUGUUCUGCCUGCAGGUCGACUCUAACCUCCUUUAGACAGCUGUAAAAUCAGUCAGUUCACCCGCUACUGCUGGCAGGCUGACACCAAACCAGACGAAGAGCACUGAAAAUAUCACCAUGAAUCAUCACAACCAAGAUGAAGAGGUGCUACAGCAGAUUGAAAGGGAAGUGCGAAUGCGGGACGGGGCCAGUAAACUACUAGCAGCUUGUUCCCAGAGAGAACAGGCUCUGGAGGCCUCCAAGAACCUGCUAACCUGCAAUGCCCGUAUUUUGGCCCUGCUCAGCCAACUCCAGAAGAUGAGGAAGGCACAGAUCCUGCAAAGAGUAGGAAACAGGCCAGCUGAGAAAAUAGUGACAUGCACAGGAAAAUUAGCCUUUUCGGAUCUGCGAAUCCCACUUAUGUGGAAAGACUCAGAGUACUUCAAAAACAAAGGAGAGCUGCAUCGCUGUGCAGUCUUCUGCCUGCUUCAGUGUGGUUCAGAGAUCUAUGACACUGAUCUGCAGAUGGUGGAUAGGACUCUGACAGACAUAUGUUUUGAAGACACCAUAGUAUUCAACGAUGUAGGUCCAGAGUUUCAGCUUCGUGUUGAGCUGUACAGUAGUUGUGCAGCCGAGGAUUUCUUCCCAGGGGCUGCAGGACCCAGGAGAGGGAGCCACUCUGGAGGUUCAGCAAUGGGGAGCUUCACAGGGAAAAAGAUCCGUGCUGUGUUUGAGUCAGCUGCUGUGUGUGGAUCCAUGUCCAGUGGAGGAGAUGCAGGACCUGGAAGUGCAUCUCCAUCAUUAUGCCCGGACCUGUCCGCACUGGGGCCUAAAUUUAACCUUUUGGCUCACACUACAUUGACACUCAGUCAUGUCCAGGAACGUUUUAAGACACACGACUUGUCACUAUUAGCAGCAGAGGAGAGUCCUUUCUGGUUGCCUUUGUAUGGAAACAUGUGCUGUCGUUUAGUGGCUCAGCCCCUGUGCAUGUUACAGGCUGGUAUAAGUGGCCAACUCCAGAUUAAGCUCGGAGAGGACCUCAGUUGUUGGAAAAAUGUAUAUGGCAUCCUCAAGGGGAAAAGUCUCCUCUGUUAUCGGAGUGAAGAAGACCAGGAGAUUGAGGAGGAUCCGGUACUUGUAAUCCCCAUCAAAAAGGAUACCCGCAUCUGUGUGUCAGAGAGAGCCCCUGCCCAUCUCCAGAGUAUAAACAUCAGUACACAAAGUCAAGGAGAAGAAGUAACCUACACACUGACCACACACACAACAGACAACACACAGCUCUGGGCUGAAGCUCUCUGGCAGCACGUCUAUAACAUGAGCCAGUGGCAGCAGUGUUGCAAUGAGCUCAUGAAGAUUGAACUCCGGCGCCCCAGAAAAUCCAUCACAGUGAAGCAAGGAUCGCUAUUCCAUGAAAUAGUGACACCGUCCACUCCCAGGGAUGGUGUUGCAGUUCCAGAUUUGUCUGCUGAGAUACGCAAUUUGCUUUCUUCCUACUAUAAGGAAAGUUACUGAUGACACUGAUGAUGCCAGUAGAGUUUCACCAGAGGAGUGAGAGGCAGUUCUUCUGUGGUUACCAUGUCUGGACCAUGAAACAGAGACAGACAGGAAAAGUAUGUGUGGAGUAUCACCUGUGUUUGUGAACCAGUGGUUGAAGGAAAAAGAUACAAAAGUGAUAAUGAGUUUGCAAUUCCCAGGACUAAUCUCACU